UUUUAUUCCGAUAUCAUGGAUUUCUUCAAGUCCGUCUUCUCCGACGAUCCCGAUCCCUCCGAUGACGACUCAACCUCCCUCUCCCAAACCGAAGACGUCGCCAGCCCCGACCCGGAGCAAACUCCGGACUCGAACUCCCAUACCACCGGGGCGUGGAGCUUCGGAGGUCUGAUGACGACCCUCGCGACCAAGUCCGAGUCGGUGCUGCAGACCUACCGCCGCGAUCUGGCGGAGCUCGGCUCCGGGCUGAAGAAGGAGACGGCGGUGAUCCGGGAUGUGGCCUCACGCGCCGUGAAGGAGCUCCCUGCUUCGCUCGAUGUCGGCGCGUCAGUGGCUCAGGUGUCGCUAGAGUCGGUGGGGCAGGCGAUCGACGACAUCGGGAGCACGGUGUGGAAGUCGACGGCGGAGAUCAUCUCUCACGGUAGGGAAGCUAUUAAGAUUGAUGAUGUUGAAUCUGAUAAUAAUAAUAGUAACUCUGAAAAUAAUGAUAGGAGAUUGAGUAGUAGUGGUAGUGGUUUGAGGAAGUAUAGUAGGUUUGAAGCUCAGGUUAGGGCGAUUCAGAGUAGUGUGAGUACUUACUUGGAGGAGCCGGAGGAUUCGGAGAGCUAUAGGGAGUGGAAAUUAGGGUUUGUGAUGGAGGCGAAAGCCGAGGAGAUUGCGAAUUUGAUGAGGGAGAAUGGAGUGAUUGGUGAGAUUCAUGAGGAGAUUGUGCCUGGUAAGGUCGAUGAUGGGAGCUUCUGGAGUAGGUACUUUUAUAGGGUGUAUAAGUUGAAGGAAGUGGAGGAUGCUAGAGAUAAGCUUGUGAAGCGUGCCAUAUCCGGUGAGGAAGAGGAUUUGAGUUGGGAUUUCGAUGACGAUGUAGAGGAGGAGGAGGAAGAGAAGAAGGUUUCUGGCCCUAGUGGGAGUGUGGAGUUGGAGAAGGGAGAACAUAGUGGUGUAGUGGUGAGAGAGUCUGAUGAUGCUGCGGGUGUUGAAAUUGUGCCGAGGCAGUCUGUAAGCAGUGACAAGUCGGAGGUGAAAUCGGAUUCUUGCAAAGAGAGUGAUAUCUCGAUUAUUUCGAGCCAGCCCUCGAUGCCGGGAGAAGAAGAUCUAGGGUGGGAUGAGAUUGAAGAUAUUGGGAGCAGUGAUGAGAAGAAGGGGGAGGGUGUUGGGAGCACAAGUAGAGUCGAUUUGCAUAAGAGGCUUAGUGCUGCAGAGGAAGAGGAGGAUUUGAGCUGGGAUAUCGAAGAUGAUGAUGAAGAUGGUGUUACUAAAUCAUGAUAAAACCAUGUUCUUUAUGAUAAUUGUUCAUUUCGUUCAUAUAGCUUAUUAUGUACAUAAUUGUUCUGAACAUAUGUUCUUUAUAGUACAUAAGUGAUUGCAUUCACAUCAAUGCCACAUUUUAUAGUUGAAUAUAGAAAUUUUGGUUUUGUGUGAGUU